AUGGGCAACCAACUAAAUAAAUAUUGUGCUAGCAAAGCUAAAAAUCUGGUGUUAGCAAAUAGACGGUUGAAUCCAAACGACGGUCCUUUAGAUAACGAGACCGACGCCGAGGAGAAUUUGCGUUAUGAUUUGAAUACGCAGGAAAGAUGGCGUCAAAUGGAUCGUCUAAAUGCAUUUAAUGUAGUGAAUUUACAACGUAGAUUGGUCAAUGAUCUACUGGAUCCAGAUUACUAUGAGAAAACGGUUCAUCCGAGGAGAGAUCACCUCUACAAUACACGCAUUAACGUCAGCAUGAGUUUGUAUCAAAUUUUGGAUGUGGAUGAACAUUCACAAUCAAUUAUUGUUAAUGUUUGGAUGGUGCAGAAAUGUGAAACACUGGAGCAAAAGAAGACUGAAUCUUUAUCCCAUGCCUCGAUAGAAACCGGGUAUUGGAGAAAUGAUUCGAGAGGAGCUUUUAUACAACUUAUGUUUCCGGCUAUCUAUCGAUUAACAUGUAAAAUGGAUGUCCGACUCUUCCCUUACGACGUUCAAAAUUGUACUUUCAUCAUUAGUUCCUGGACACGAGACAAUCGAACAAUCGACUAUUGGCCAGAAGUCGAGGAGAUUAACUUGGGGAGCCUAACGAGAAAUGAAGAAUGGGACGUUAUCAGUUUUAAAUUCCAACGUUUUGUGAAAACGUACGCGUGCUGUCCAGAUUCCUACGUAAUGCUCCACGCCCAUCUUGUUAUUCGGCGUAAACCGUUGUACUACAUUGUUAAUUUGGUGAUCCCGACCUCAAUCAUAACCUUAGUGGCUGUCACCGGCUUUUUCACCCCAACCUCUUCGUCAAGCGAAAGAGAUGAGAAGCUAUACUUGGGCUGGUAUUAUAUGGGAAUAAUCUUUGUGAUUGUUAUUGGCACGUUAAUGGCUACGAUUGUUCUCGCUAUUCACGGGCAAAAGCACUAUCUACGGCCGUUAUCAAGAAAAAUUAGAAGAUUAGUUCAUAACCGUGUGGUAUCGGCUUUGAUAUUAGAGCCACCAACAAGUCUUAUCGAACUUUGGACCGAGUUUGGGAUUGUGGAUGCCGAACGGCUUCCAAUGGCCGAUAUGGAUCCACUGUUGGUUGAGAAACUCGAUCCAAUUUCGGAAUUACCCGGCCGAGCACACGCGCUCUUUCAGUCAAUUUCAUCAGAAGUCAGUGAUGUACCUGGGCUCGAAUAUGAAAGGCGUAUGGCCUCCAUCACACGCCAGUACACAGUACAUAUGCGGCAAAAGGAACGGGAGCGUAGUAUAUUCCGUGCUUCUGCGGCGAAUGCGAGGCAAAUAAAGAAGCAGAAAAUGAUGCGAAGAUGCGCUUUGGAAUGGGAGUACUUGGCUAAUGUAUUGGAUCGGCUGCUCCUCACUUUCUUCUGCUCAUUGACGACUGUUUUCUUCGUGCUCCUCGUCUGUCUCGCCGAAAACUCGAGCUGGCCGGAAAACGAUGAAGAUACGAGUGGGGAGGAGAAUGUUGUGAAACGACCGAAAUGGAACGGAAGAGCCGGCGACAAUCACUAUUUUAAAGGCUUUAAAAGUGGGAGAAAUCGGCUGAGUGGCGAGAAGAUUAGACAGCCGUAUCAACCGCCGUCGAAUGCGUAUGGAAAUGCUGGAAGCAGCUAUGGAUUACCCCCAAGUCCAUAUAAACCGGAAAAGUUUACCAAAGGUCGAGUUAGCAAAGAUGCCAGCUCAAGCACUCGGGCAGCUGUGACUGGAGCACCUGACACAAGUGACCCGUGCUUCCGUAAAUAUGGAAAUGCGAUCAUUGUCAAUGCUCAACCAUAUGAGAGACGAUCUUCGACAGCGAUUUCCAUCUGCAAAAAGCAUUGUUUGGAGUCACAGCUUGGAGUCUAUAAUUGCCGAUCUUUUGUAUUUGACAAUGUUAAUAAAAUCUGUGACCUCUUCGCCCAUGUCGGUGAUCAAGCGCCCGCUAGACUUCAAAAAUUCCAAACGCGAGAUUACUAUGAACCAACCGGUGCUGUCGAGUGUGACGUUCCAAUCCCAACAGAAAGCAUUUCAACCACCUUGCCAGACGACGUGUCAUCAGCAACCGACGAUUUUGGAGGCUCCGAAUCAACUACCGGAAAUGAGUUGGAUGGCUUUAAAGAUGAUCCAAGCAGUAGUCCAACCAGCUUUUCCUCAACGUCCACCUACGGUGGAUAUUCAUCAAGCUAUGGUCCUGUUCCAGCUCAGACAACCCCUGAAGAAAUUACUAUUAGCACAGAGCCCACAGCAUCUGAAACUACAUUCUUUUCUGAGGAAGACUAUACAACCACCGAUGCUGCAUCUACCCCUCCGAGCACUCCGAUUGAGCGCAGCAUUACCAAAGAGUCAUGUCCGGCCGGAAAAGCGACAAGAUUCCUUCGAACUGGCGGAUUUGAACUGUUCAAAAAUGACGAUAUUACCAUUGCUGUGAACGAUGUGGAAGAAUGUGUUGAAGCGUGUACUAAUAAUGAGGUCAACUCACAGCCGAUGGACUGCAAAUCCUUUGAUUUUUCUGAUGGGCAAUGUGCUUUAACCGUCGAGGCAGCUGUUCCGCUUGGUGGUGGUCAACUCAAACAAAAAUCUAAUUCCGAAUAUUACGAAAAGAUUUGCAUAGACGGAGAACUGGCGGAAAAUUGCCCAAAGGUCUUUGCCCGAUUUCCACAAAUGAUUUUAGUAGGAUUUGCUGAAUCAGUAAAUGAUGCCACCACGUUUGAGGACUGUUUCCACAAUUGCUUAAAUUCAUUUGCACUUUAUGGUUUCAAUUGUAGCAGCGGGAUGUAUUACUUUGAGGAAAACCAACUAAACUGUAUCCUAAAUUCGGAAGACCGGCACAGCCAGGCUGAUCUCUUUGCCGAAGAAAACACAGAUAUUGUUGACUAUUUCGAGGUCGCAUGCAAAAAGGGUGUUUCAAGGAAAGCAAAGGCCUUUGGUGCUAAUACACUAAAAAUUGAUCCGAUAAACUCUGGAUUGGUGACUGCUGAGGAAACAACGACGGAAUGGAGUGUAUGUGAAGAUGGGGUACAGCAUCGACGUCGUGAUUGUGCUGAUAAGACGCAAGAUUGUGGAUUAGAAAGCAGGCCAUGCAAAGUACCACCAGGCUCCGAUCUUGACGAGGUUGAACCCUUCACAAUGAUGGACCGAGGCGGAUAUGCGAAAAGCACAGACGCUCCUGACUUCACCACUACAUCUACCACCACCCAAUUACUUUCCACUGCCACAGCCGCAACACGAAAGAAUAAAAUGAACGUCGACAAAUUGAAGAGCGCACUGAAACGACUCACCUGUCCGAUGGACGUGUGCUGCAAAGUAUUUGAUUCUUGCCAGAUUGGUUUGAUGCGAAACCGAAAGAAGCGGAAGAUUGAAUGGUGUCGGCGUCCCUGU